UCUUUUUCUGUGUGUAAAGGAAGAUUCAAAAUCGACGAGUACUAUAUCAAUUCCUUAAUUCGUUUCUUCCUGGUAGAGCAAUCGCAUUAACCCAAAACCCCACUCCACGAAUCUUAUCCUCGUCUCUCCUAUUCCCGCUUCACCUCUCUUACACAUAUAUAACUACAAAAAGGGGGGGCGAAGAAGAAGAUGGGUAUUAAGAUAAUCUUCCUAGAGGAAUCUGUGAUUCAUCAUCAGCUAUGGCGAGUACUAGUGGUGGAAGAGGUGGUGAAGAUGGUCGGCCGCCUCAAAUGCAGCCGGUUCGGUCUCUUUCUCGGAGGAUGACUCGAGCUGGUACCAUGAUGAUUGAUCAUCCUAACGAAGAUGAAAGUGCUAUUGACAGCGAGCUUGUUCCUUCUUCUCUUGCUUCCAUUGCUCCCAUUCUUCGUGUUGCUAAUGAUGUUGAAGAAGAUAACCCUAGGGUUGCUUACCUCUGUCGCUUCCACGCAUUUGAGAAGGCUCAUAGAAUGGAUCCAACAUCAAGUGGACGAGGCGUUCGUCAAUUUAAGACCUAUCUAUUGCACAAAUUAGAGAAGGAGGAAGAGACUACAGAACCUAUGUUGGCGAAGAGUGACCCGAGAGAAAUUCAGAUUUACUAUCAGAAGUUUUAUGAGGAUAAUAUACAAGAUGGAGAAGGGAAAAAGACACCGGAGGAGAUGGCCAAGCUUUACCAGAUAGCGACCGUCUUGUAUGAUGUUUUAAAGACAGUGGUUCCUCAAGCAAGAAUAGAUGAACAGACCCGUAGGUAUGCUGAAGAAGUUGAAAGAAAGAAGGAACAAUAUGAGCACUACAAUAUUCUUCCGCUUUAUGCUGUAGGGGCUAAAACCGCAGUGAUGGAACUUCCUGAGAUUAAGGCCGCAAUUCUGGCUGUCUGUAAUGUGGACAAUCUUCCUCGGCCAAGAUUUCAUUCAGGCUCGACCAACCUGGAUGAAGUGGAGAGAGAAAGUGGCAGAUCUUUUAAUGAUAUUCUCGAGUGGCUUGCUUUGGUUUUUGGUUUUCAGCGAGGAAAUGUAGCUAACCAGAGGGAGCAUCUCAUACUGCUACUUGCCAACAUUGAUGUGAGAAAAAGGGAUCUCGAGAAUUAUGUCGAGUUGAAGCCUAGCACCGUGAGGAAGUUGAUGGAAAAGUAUUUCAAGAAUUAUAGGUCGUGGUGCAAGUAUUUGCGGUGUGAAUCUUAUCUGAGGUUCCCUCCAGGUUGCAAUGAGCAACAAUUGAGCCUUCUAUACAUUGGCUUGUAUCUUCUCAUAUGGGGUGAAGCAUCAAAUGUUCGCUUCAUGCCUGAGUGCCUUUGCUACAUUUUCCACAACGUAGGUUCUAUAAUUAUCUCCUCUAAUCUUUUCCUUANCCCGGUAACUGGGGACACAUAUGAGGCAGGUGCACCAGACGAAGAAGCAUUCUUAAGGAAUGUUAUAACACCAAUCUACCAGGUCUUACGUAAGGAAGUCAGGAGAAACAAAAUGGGAAAGGCAAGCCAUUCAAAAUGGAGAAACUACGAUGAUCUGAAUGAGUACUUUUGGGAUAAGAGGUGUUUUAGGCUGAAAUGGCCAAUGAACUUUAAGGCAGAUUUUUUCAUCCACACUGAUGAGAUCUCACCACUUCCGAAUCAGAGACAUGACCAAGUCACUCAUGGAAAAAGGAAACCCAAAACUAAUUUUGUUGAAGCUCGCACGUUUUGGAACCUCUAUCGAAGUUUCGACCGAAUGUGGAUGUUCCUUAUAUUGUCUCUACAGACUAUGAUAAUAGUUGCAUGGCACCCGUCAGGAUCUAUUCUUGCCAUUUUUUCUGAGGAUGUCUUUAGAAACGUAUUGACCAUCUUCAUCACUUCAGCUUUUCUUAAUCUUCUACAAGCGACACUGGAUUUGAUUCUUAGUUUUGGUGCUUGGAAGAGCCUAAAGUUUUCCCAAAUUAUGCGGUACAUCACAAAAUUUUUAAUGGCAGCCAUGUGGGCCAUCAUGUUGCCAAUUACUUACUCGAAGUCAGUCCAGAAUCCAACUGGACUAAUAAAGUUCUUCAGCAACUGGGUUGGGAGUUGGCUUCAUCAGUCGUUAUACGACUAUGCUAUUGCCUUAUAUGUCUUACCAAAUAUUUUGGCUGCUGUGUUUUUCUUACUUCCACCUCUGCGGAGAAUCAUGGAGCGAUCAAACAUGCGGAUUGUCACAUUUAUCAUGUGGUGGGCUCAGCCAAAAUUGUAUGUUGGCAGAGGCAUGCAUGAAGAAAUGUUUGCACUUUUCAAGUAUACAUUCUUUUGGGUCAUGCUGUUACUUAGCAAGCUCGCCUUCAGCUAUUAUGUGGAGAUAUUACCUCUUGUCAACCCAACGAAGCUAAUAUGGGAUAUGCAUGUCGUAAAUUACCAGUGGCACGAGUUCUUUCCAAAUGCCACUCAUAACAUUGGAGUAAUCAUAUCCAUAUGGGGUCCGAUUGUCUUGGUUUAUUUUAUGGAUACGCAAAUAUGGUAUGCCAUAUUCUCUACUCUAUUUGGUGGGAUUUAUGGAGCCUUCAGCCAUCUCGGGGAGAUUCCAAUAGCAUUAGACAUGGCGAAAGAUUUCAAGGGAAAAGAGGACGUCGACUUAUUCAAGAAAAUUAAAAGUGAAUACUAUAUGCAUUACGCAGUGGUUGAGGCUUAUGAAACCGUGAGAGACAUAAUAUAUGGUCUUCUUCAAGAUGAAUCUGAUAAACGGAUUGUAAGGGAGAUUUGCUAUGAAGUAGAUAUUAGCAUCCAACAACACAGAUUUUUGAGUGAAUUCCGGAUGACUGGUAUGCCUUUGCUCAGUGACAAGCUAGAGAAAUUCUUAAAAAUCCUGCUAAGUGAUUAUGAUGAAGAUGAAACCUACAAGUCUCAGAUAAUUAAUGUUCUCCAGGAUAUUAUUGAAAUCAUCACGCAGGAUGUUAUGGUUAAUGGUCACGAAAUCCUUGAAAGGGCUCAUUUACAGAGUGGUGGUAUUGAAAGCGACAAAAAAGAACAAAGGUUUGAAAAGAUAGAUCUUCGUUUGACUCAGAACAUAUCUUGGAGGGAAAAGGUUGUAAGACUUUUGUUACUUGUGACUGUUAAAGAAUCCGCAAUAAAUAUCCCUCAAAGUUUGGAAGCUCGUCGCCGUAUGACAUUCUUUGCAAAUUCCUUAUUCAUGAAUAUGCCAGAUGCUCCCCGAGUUCGUGACAUGUUAUCCUUUAGUGUCUUAACUCCUUACUACAAAGAGGAUGUUCUCUACUCGGAGGACGAACUGAACAAGGAAAACGAAGAUGGAAUAACUAUUUUGUUUUACCUCCAGAGGAUAUAUCCUGAGGAAUGGUCAAAUUAUUGUGAACGUAUAAAUGAUGUGAAACGGAAUUUAUCUGAGAAAGACAAGGCAGAGCAACUCCGUCAGUGGGUAUCUUAUAGAGGCCAGACCCUUUCAAGGACAGUUAGGGGAAUGAUGUACUACAGAGUGGCUCUCGAACUUCAGUGUUUCCAGGAAUACACUGGAGAAAAUGCUACCAAUGGUGGCUAUCUUCCCUCAGAAUCAAAUGAAGAUGAUCAAAAGGCUUUUAGUGACCGUGCACGAGCUCUUGCAGAUUUAAAAUUCACAUAUGUCGUGUCAUGUCAGGUCUAUGGGAACCAGAAAAAGUCAAGUGAUAGCCGGGACCGGAGUUGUUACAAUAACAUUCUACAGCUCAUGCUAAAGUAUCCGUCCUUGCGGGUUGCCUAUAUAGAUGAAAGGGAGGAGACAAUUAAUGGAAAAUCACAGAAAGUAUUCUACUCUGUGUUGCUCAAAGGAUGUGACAAAUUAGAUGAGGAAAUAUAUCGUAUCAAACUUCCCGGCCCUCCCACUGAAAUUGGCGAAGGAAAACCCGAGAAUCAAAACCAUGCCAUCAUUUUCACUCGUGGUGAAGCACUCCAGACCAUAGACAUGAAUCAGGACAACUACUUUGAAGAGUCUUUCAAAAUGAGAAAUGUGCUACAGGAAUUUGAUGAAGGUCGACGUGGCAAGAGAAAUCCUACAAUUUUGGGUAUUCGUGAACACAUAUUUACUGGAAGUGUUUCAUCACUAGCUUGGUUCAUGUCGAAUCAAGAAACAAGUUUUGUAACCAUUGGUCAACGUGUUCUAGCAAAUCCUCUGAGGGUGCGUUUCCAUUAUGGCCAUCCUGAUAUAUUUGAUAGAAUCUUCCACAUCACGAGGGGAGGCAUUAGCAAGGCUUCAAAGAUAAUAAACUUAAGCGAAGAUAUCUUUGCAGGGUACAAUUCAACUCUUCGUGGGGGUUACAUCACACAUCACGAGUAUAUUCAAGCAGGGAAAGGGCGUGAUGUAGGGAUGAAUCAGAUUUCGUUUUUUGAAGCCAAAGUUGCGAAUGGAAAUGGAGAACAAACACUAAGUCGUGACGUUUACCGACUUGGACGCCGCUUUGAUUUUUACAGGAUGCUCUCAUUCUACUUCACCACAGUUGGUUUCUAUUUCAGUAGCAUGAUAACGGUGCUCACGGUAUAUGUGUUCCUCUAUGGGCGUCUUUAUCUGGUUUUGAGCGGAUUGGAAAAGGAGAUCCUGCAAAGUGCAACUGUACAUCAGUCCAAAGCCCUCGAGGAGGCAUUAGCAGCCCAAUCUGUUUUUCAGCUAGGUUUUUUGAUGGUUCUACCAAUGGUUAUGGAAAUUGGCCUAGAAAAAGGGUUCCGAACAGCCUUGGGUGAUUUCAUUAUAAUGCAGCUUCAGCUUGCCUCUGUUUUCUUCACGUUUCAGCUGGGAACAAAAGCGCAUUACUUUGGAAGGACGAUUUUGCACGGAGGCUCUAAGUACCGAGCAACUGGUCGAGGGUUUGUUGUUUUCCAUGCUAAAUUUGCGGAAAACUAUAGGUUAUACUCGCGAAGCCACUUUGUUAAGGGACUGGAGUUAGUCAUACUACUAAUUGUGUAUCAAGUUUAUGGAAGUUCGUACCGUAGCUCAAGUCUUUACAUUUACAUCACAUUUUCAAUGUGGUUCCUGGUGACUUCUUGGUUGUUUGCGCCAUUUAUAUUCAAUCCAUCUGGGUUUGAGUGGCAAAAGACGGUGGACGAUUGGACUGACUGGAAACGAUGGAUGGGAAACCGCGGUGGAAUUGGAAUAGUUCUUGACAAAAGUUGGGAAUCAUGGUGGGAUACAGAGCAAGAACACCUCAAGCACACAAAUUUAAGAGGAAGGGUUCUCGAGAUACUUCUCGCACUGCGUUUCCUCCUUUACCAGUAUGGAAUUGUCUACCAUCUCAACAUCGCUCACCGGCACACAACAUUUCUGGUUUAUGGACUCUCUUGGGCUGUCUUGCUGGCAGUUCUUCUUGUGUUAAAGAUGGUAUCAAUGGGUAGACGGAAAUUUGGUACAGAUUUUCAGGUUAUGUUCAGGAUUCUCAAGGCGCUUCUCUUCCUUGGUUUCUUGUCAGUCAUGACUGUAUUAUUUGUAGUUUGCGGCCUCACGAUCGCAGAUCUCUUUGCUUCCAUCCUCGCUUUCUUGCCUACUGGUUGGGCUCUUCUUCUUAUCGGGCAAGCGCUGCGCAGCGUGUUCAAAGGAUUAGGAUUCUGGGACUCGGUUAAAGAGCUAGGGAGAGCUUAUGAGUACAUAAUGGGGCUUCUGAUAUUCACACCCAUUGCGGUCUUGUCGUGGUUCCCAUUUGUGUCUGAGUUCCAGACCAGAUUGUUGUUUAAUCAAGCCUUCAGUCGCGGUCUGCAGAUCUCUAUGAUUCUUGCCGGGAAGAAAGACAAAGACACACCUUCCACCAAGUAGUGUGGCUCAACCGCUCUCUUCUUCUUCUCCAUUUUUUCUUUCAUCUCCAUUCUUUUUAUCUGUUAUUGCUGUUAAAUUAAUUGUCUUUGAGAUCAUAGAAAGAAUUGUUUAGACCACCUGAGAUAAGACCUCAUCAUACGCAUAGUAAAUGUUGUUGUUCAGCCUAGGCCAUUUGUUCAAGUAGGUGUAUGUAUACACAAUUCCUUUGGACAUAUAAACAUGAUUCAAAAAGCUUUUAACCAUUAA